AUGGUCCCUUUCAGCAUCACAGCCGGCGCUAUUGGCAUUACUAACGUCGCUACAACUAGUAUUGUGCAACUGCGCAGCCUUGUCGACAAUCUCUCCGAGGCUCAAGAAGUAGUUGCAGACAUCAUCUCUAGCCUAGACAACAUAGAGCGUCCACUAGCCGCGCUCGAAAAACUCAGCAUCCCAAAUGAGGCUACAUCAAUCGCCGUCAAGGAGGACCUCUAUAAAGCUGGUGUCGCCGAAGCAGUUAACAGCUGCGGCUAUGCCUGCAAAAAGUUCCGGGAGGAUUUGACAAAGUGGACGAAGCAUUCCAACGCGACAAAACUGUCUCUUCGAGACCGCUUUUCUGUCGGUGUUUGGAACAAAGAAAAGAUCCGCACGUUUCGUACACAGUUACAGUGGUGCGAGAACACUGUGCAUUUUGCUGUUACAAGCACGCAGCUUAUGAUUCAAUUACGAUCCGAGAAAACGUCUGAGGCUGAUCGUGAAAGUCUGAGAAACCAGUUGCAAACUUUCGAGACAAAAAUCAUGGGACACAUCGACCUCACCAAACAUCAGCAAGACGAAGCCCAGACAAGAAAGCGCGAGCUAGAAGAGGAGCCUGAGGAUGAGGAAUACGGGGGUGCUAUUCGACUAUUAGCUAUCCAGGAAGUUGAAAAGCAGUCAUGCUUACUCGAGACCGACCAAGUGUCCUGCGGAGUGGUCUUCUCGCAGGUACAAUCUAAACGGAGUGGCCAAGAGAUUAGAAACGUCAUCACUUCAGCUAACUCAAACGCACAUGUAGGGAUGCCAGCGAGCGUAGUAGGGAAGAUUAACCAGCGCAUCUCAAACAUCAGAACUGAUAGAGGCUCAACAGCUUAUGUAGGCGUAUUUUAG